AUGGUAAGUAUAUUCAUGAUGGUUGGAAUCCUUGUUUUGGUCGAAAAGGACGAACUUGGGUAUAUCUUCAUCGAUCGUGACCCAACUCACUUUCGACUGAUUUUGAAUUUCAUGAGAGACGGCGAUGUGAGACUUCCCGAUUCUAAACAAGACGUUGAUGAAAUUUCAAGAGAGGCGAACUUUUAUCUGUUGGAGGGACUAAUGGAACUCUGUAGCCGUAAAUUGGAAGUUUUGGCGCCUAAAAACGUUUCAAAAAUUAGAAUUCUGGAAACAGAUGAACAAGUUUUACAAGCGACCGUUUAUGCAGAAAAACCUGUACUGAUUUUUUAUUUUACUGUUCACACAGAUGGCGCGAUUCGUGAACCGUUCCAUCAACAAGAACGUUUCAAUAUAUUUGGUUAUUUGGAAAAGUACGAGACGGAGUUCGAUAUUUAUUUCCGAAAGAAAUACUUAGAUGACGGAAUCAGUUCGUUUCAUAUUCGCUACAAAAAUGAAGUUGUCACCCGACAAAACUUUCCACCCAAUAUCAGAGAUUUUGAUAUUAAGAUUCAAGAAUGUAUCGAAAAAAUUGAGCGCCUCAAGAGUUAUAAUAGUGAAUAUAUAGUGUUCAAAUAA